AUGGUUCGAUUAGUCUUUCGCCCCUAUACCCAACUCAGACGAACGAUUUGCACGUCAGUAUUGCUGUGGGCCUCCACCAUAGGAUUAUUCUCAGUUUUACAUGUACUUUCUUUAGGAUCCAUUAAAAUUAAUUUUUCUUUCAAAUUUUUAGUUUUGAAUGAAAUAAUGAAAGGUUUUUUUAACCUUGGAUGCAAGGAUCUUCUACCAUGCAUAAAAAAUGAAUAAAUUCGAGGGAAAAAGUUUUGUAAUUGUUACUGUCGUUCAGUAUGCUCCAAUCCUUGGCUUACUUCUCUUCAUUCUUUUUUAUAAAAAAAUCUGUAAGAAAAAAAAUAAGAGUUAAUUUUUUUUUUUUUGUGUACUGAUAAGUCUUCACUAUCAUGAGUUAGUAAUUAGUAAAUAAUAUAUUUUUAGCCUUAACUCAUGAUAAAUAGACUUACAAUCUUACUUUUGAGAUAAAUGAAGAAAAAAAAUAAAAAAUAAAAAUAAGACAAAAUGAGGAGGACCCGCCAGCCAGUCGGGCUUACAAGAGGGUCAGAAGCUCAGUCAAAGAGUAGCCGCGAGUAGGGGCUUGAGCAGCUUGGACUGAUAGGGGCAUGUGUGCGCCACUCUCCUUCCACAUCAUCGGUGGCUAGCCGGCUGUGGGGCAAAGAGUAGUUGUACACACAAGAGAAGGGACUUGCUUAGGAAUGAAACAUUAGUAUAUAUUUGCUCGACAAAUCGGUGCACAAUCAAUGUGGGACUAAACUUGCGUCACCUUCCCUAGAAAGGGGGGGCAACUAGUGCGGGUUUGAAUCCUCCUAGAGUCAAAAGUCAUAUAUUUGUAUUUGAUUAUCAUGACUUUUCUGCAAAUCACCGGUGAAGGAAUAAGCAACGGGAAUCGCUGGAUCAUCGGCAAAAAUCCCAUCAACGCAAUUCACGAAGCAUUACUACUAAAAUUGUUGAACGAUUUGUGAUAAAAGGAUCACGAAUCCAUUGAGUAAAUCAUCUUCAAUUGCUCAAUGAACAAGCCGUCGUGGGAAGAGAACAAUUUACCAAGAGAUGAGUCGUCACCUCCUAAGAGCGUACCAGAUGCGAUGAAGAGCCUCCUCUUACGGUGCGGACCUAAGGAUGAAGCUCCCUAACACACGCCCCACCUCCAUCCAACUUCUCUCCGUCCGGUGAUAGCCACUGGGGAGCCACAAAGUCGCCAUUUUUUCACUCUGCUGGGUGACAGUCGCCGAAGACAACUCAACGACCCAUUUCAUUAAUCUCUAGACUUUGCGAGAAGAUCUAGAGAUUGCCCAUGUCGUCUUUGCCCAAGGAGAGCCUUUGAGGCUGUGGACACUACACGACGAUCCUCCUAAAUGCUCAGGAUUCUAAUUCAUCAUCGACACAUAGCCAUAGUAACGUUGGAACUCUGUUUUUCUACUUUUAACUUACUUUACGCUUCAUUUAGUGA